AUGCUUUUCAACGUAUGCUUUGCUUUCUGGGUCUGUCUUGUUCACGCUAUAAGCAUUCCAGUGACCUUCAGUGCCAGUGAGCUCCAGCACGUCCAGGGAGACCCCAAGGCUACACACCGAGUUGCGUUUGCUAUAACACGAAACGGACAGUAUAUGGGGGAAUUGGCGUUUGCUCUUUUUGGCGACACGACGCCCAAGACGGUGGAGAACUUUGUUGCCUUGACCAACAUGUCCAAGGGGUACGGUUAUGAGUUGGUUACGUUCCAUCGGAUCAUCAAGGACUUUAUGAUCCAGGGUGGAGACUUUGAAAAUGGCGACGGGACUGGUGGCCAUUCCAUCUAUGGGAAACGGUUCCCAGACGAGUCCUUCGAGGUCCACCACAAUAAGCGUGGUCGUCUCCUGAUGGCUAAUCUGGGGAAGGAUACCAACGGGGCCCAGUUCUUUAUUACCACCAAGCAAGACUGCCUGUGGCUUGACGGGAAACACGUUGUUUUUGGCCAGUUGGUUGGCGGGUUUGAGCUUUUGGAGAUGAUGGAGAAUACUCCAACUGAUGCUAAGAAUAAGCCUAACGAUAAAUGGGUUAUCAUGAAGGGCAUGGGCGUGCCUGUGGACUACCUGAUCCAAAGACCAUAUGACGAAUUGAAACAGGAGGCUGACCUUGAAGCUGCCGCUUUGCGUGGAGAAACGACGUUGAUCAAUGACCAGGUGAGGGAGGCUGAUAUUGCUGGCGAAACGGAUCCUAUGGGAGGGUACAUCUUCAUGGGUGGGUUCUGCUUGAUUGUGUUGAUCUUGUGGCGUCUUAACCAGCUGGCGAAGAGAUGCAAGAACCAUAACUUCUAG